CAAUGGAGUGGGCGGGCGCGCGCGCGUGUGAGAGAAUGAAUGAUGUCAGGGAGGACGGUGGCUCUUGCGGCGAGCAUGAGACUGGCGGUAAACACGGUGACGGUGGCGGCGGGCCCGAGCGAGCGCUGCCCCCGCCGCGGAGCCGCCCUCCAGCGGGGGAGCGGUUCCAGCUGCGGCACUGCUGAAGCAGCGCCGCGGGCGGGAAACCUCUGCGAGAAGUGUCGCCGCCGCUGACGCCCUUAAAGCCAGUCCCUUUCGCCGCGAAGGAGAAGAGUCUGAGGCUGUGAGAGGAGCAAAUCGCAGGGGGAAGGUAGAGAUUGUGGCAAACUUUCUAGCUGCUUCUGCGUGCUGCUGCCUCAGUGGAGGGAGUGUCUGGCCGUGAGGAACUGCAGAGCCCAAACCUGAGAGCCCCGAGGCUCCAAAAAAGACUUCCAGCUGCCUUUAGAGGAGGAACUGCCAGCAGAGCAAGCUUUUCCAUAUACGGCUGAGUAGAUGAUGCAGCACUAGGGGAAAGAUUUGUCUUCACAACUUGCUGUACAGUAUCUGAAUAGUGAAAGCACAAUGGACACUUUCUAAAGUUUUACAGACAUCAAAAAUCAUCCAGGAACAAGAACGUUGGACUUCAAAGAUUAACAGACUUCAGAGAGCCCAGAAAUCUGUCACUGAUAAACCCGAUUUGGCCAUACCGCUUGGGAAUGAAUACCAUUGAGACAGCAAAGCUUGAAGAACAUAUGGAGGGUCAAAACAAUGACACUUCUAAUGGCUACUCAAGACCUACUCUCUCAGUCAGUGAAGAGAACAAAAAUGGCACUAGCAAACCAAAGGGCUUGUCUAACGGUUUGCGAAAAACAGCAAAGAAAUAUCCUGAUUACAUCCAGAUUGCUAUGCCUGCUGAGUCUAGGAACAAAUUUCCUCUGGAAUGGUGGAAAACAGGCAUUGCCUUUGUCUAUGCUCUCUUCAACUUGAUUCUAACAACUGUCAUGAUCACUGUGGUCCAUGAGAGAGUACCUCCAAAGGAGCUAAGCCCUCCCUUGCCUGACAAAUUCUUUGAUUACAUUGAUCGUGUGAAAUGGGCUUUUUCUGUAUCAGAAAUAAAUGGAAUGAUACUAGUUGGAUUAUGGAUAUUCCAGUGGUUGUUUCUUAGAUACAAAUCAAUAGUGGGACGCAGGUUCUUUUUUAUAAUAGGAACUUUGUAUCUGUACCGCUGUAUUACUAUGUACGUUACCACCUUACCUGUGCCUGGAAUGCAUUUUCAGUGUGCACCAAAGUUGAAUGGAGAUUCUCAGGCAAAGGUUCAGAGGAUCCUGCGACUGAUUUCUGGUGGUGGUCUAUCCAUAACUGGAUCACACAUCCUAUGCGGAGACUUCCUGUUUAGUGGUCACACUGUGGUAUUAACGCUGAUCUACCUGUUCAUCAAAGAGUAUUCACCACGUCAUUUCUGGUGGUAUCACUUAAUCUGCUGGCUAAUGAGUGCUGCUGGAAUAAUUUGUAUCCUUGUUGCUCAUGAACACUAUACCAUAGAUGUCAUCAUUGCUUACUAUAUCACUACACGGCUUUUCUGGUGGUACCACUCAAUGGCUAAUGAAAAGACUUUAAAGGUCUCUUCGCAGACAAAUUUUCUCUCUCGAGCAUGGUGGUAUCCAAUAUUUUAUUUCUUUGAGAAGAACGUGCAAGGCUCUGUUCCUUGUAGCUUUUCCUGGCCGAUAUCUUGGCCUCCUAGCUGCUUCAAAUCUUCAUGCAAAAAAUAUUCACGUGUUCAGAAGACAGGAGAAGACAAUGAAAAAUCUACCUGAAGAAAAGAAGGAAAGCAUCUGCUCUGUUUUUUUACCAAAACAUUAAUGCUGUAACCAAAGUUCUUAAGAGGACUACACUGUAACUGAAGAAGUGGACCAAGCUUCUGUGCAAUUGAUUGGAAAAACAAUUGUAGACACGCAUAUUGCCAUUUCGUAUGUUUUCGUAUCAUCAGGCUGUACAGACCUGUUCUACUCUUCAGUGCUAAUAGAAUGCACCACUGAUGGGAUUUUUUUAUAUUCAAGAAAAAAUGGAGCAGGACUUUGCUUUACUAAUGAGAUAGAGGUGCCAAAGACCACAUUAACACUUUCAUUGCUAACUAUCACUCAUCCACAGAAGCACCCAAAAAUCUCAUCUUCAGACUUCUGGAGUGUGCAAGGGCAAAAACAUGUGAACAUGUAAAGGCACAACAUCAGUGUACUGAGGUGUAUAAAAAAAAAGAAAAGCAAAACACAAUUGUGGGAAGUGGUUUGUUGCAUUAUUCUUGCUAAUGAAGGUAAGGCCUUUGCAUGACUGGUACAGCUGGAAGCAAGUCUUGACUUUUUUUACACUCUGUGGGUACGAAUAUCUUAUGACCCUAAAAUGCUACUUACCACCGUUAUCUCCCAUAUACUCUACUAGAUACUGAUUUUUACAUUUUUAUUAGUAAUUUUAUAUUUAAACUGUUGUGCUACCUGAUGACUUUGCAAAUUAGGAAUAGCUGCCAACAUCAGAGCUCAAGGGGCCUAAAAUUUUAUUUUUAAAAAAGGACACCAUUUCAAAGUCUAAACCUUUAAUUGCAGUUUGGCCUUGUGUAUAUAGCUAUACAGUGCCUAUCGGUGUAUGUAUGUGCAUAUACACACAAAAGCACACGCUGCUGCGUAGUUAAACACAAUUAAACAAAACUACUUGUUGGAAAGAGUGAUCAUACAGUUCUUAAUUCAGGCAUAAGUCCUACAGAUCUCACCUGCUUGAGGAAUGCAAGGCCAGGUCCAAAAUGGGGCUAUAUUUAAAAUAAACUUUUUAAUUUUAGUAGCUAUCUCUCUUGCUGACAGUAUGUAGCAGGUUUGCUUGGGAGCCAUAGUUCUGCAUUGAAUUUCUUUUUUGCCUGUUGGCAUGUUUCUAUGACUUUGUUUGUGGGUUUUUUUUUAAAGUGCCAAGGUGAAUACCUACAACAGUAGCAUUUCUUCAAUUAUUACCUAAAACCAUUUCAUAUUAAAUGACACUGUGGCAGAACUCACAUGCAAAUUCUGUUUUCUCUUCCCUACCCCACCCCCUCCCCGGCCAGGUUUGAGGCCAACUAAAGUGGCUAUUUAAGCAAGUUGGCUGAGAAUGUGAGAAAAUUACCAUGGCAAACAUGUAACAAAAACACAGACUCACAGCUACCUGGUUCUUGCUGGUUUUUAUUGUUUUGUACUGUUGAGAAAGCAAAGUAGGAAAUUAGCAUUCUAUGUUUAACCAUUUAUGUUCUGUAUUAAUUUCUGCAGUUAAUUUUGUUUUCAAAUCUUCAGUAAAAUCUGAUAGCAAAGAUAAAACUGCAUUAAGUGUUGAAGUGGUACUAAUAUAAAUGAAAUGCUGGUUAUUUUAAAAAUGUCUUGAACUGAGUGACAAGUGUGAAGAGUUUACUUAAAUGACAACUUUUUUUAAAAAGCCCAGUUAAAGUUAUAAAAUGCAAUACAGAGUAUUUAAUAAGAUUUUUUAGUUAAGGGGAUCAAUUGCUAUGAGUUGUACAUAAGAAUAUUAUUAAUGUGCGUUUCAAAUAUUUUUGUGCAUUAUUGAAAUAAUACAAUAAACAAUGUUCCUUAUAAUACAUCCUUGGUAAAACUUAGCUAAGAAAGACA